AUGGAAAAUUCAUCAAAUUUACAUGAUUUGGAUUUGGAUAAUAAACAAGGAUCAAAUGUUUCUCUUCCAUCAGGCUCAGCUGAAGAUUAUAUCAAUGAUCCAACACUUGAACAACAAUGGGCAAUGAAAGCAUUCCAACAUGCCGAAACAUAUUUUAAUUUACUUUGUGCUGUUGAUCCGAAACAAUUACGUUUAUCUCGUCAUGAUGAUAAAAUAUAUUCUCAUUUUCGUCAAUUAUUUCCUGAUUUUAAAAUCGAUACACUUGAUGAAAAUGAAAUCAAAUCAAAUGAAGCAAAACAACUAUGGAGACCAUUUUGUGAAGAAUUUCGAGAUUUAGUUGAAGAUUAUAAUUAUGGUACACUUAUACGUACAGAUUCCAAAGGUGAAUAUUCAAGUGAAAAUACAUUUCUAGUCGUACGAAUUCAAUUUUAUGCAAUUGAAAUUGCACGUAAUCGUGAAGGUUAUAAUGACUCUAUUCGUCAUUUAUAUGGAUCAAAAAAAUUAUGA